AUGUCCUUCCUAAAGGGAGCCGGCCCACUGACCGCUGGGCAGCAGACCGGGCGCCCUGCGGGCAGGAGCGAGAGCUGGGGGCCUCGGAAGCCGGUCUGUAGAGGCGCAGCAUGCUCCCUGCCCAUGGAGAACGGCGGUGCCAUGACCAUCCGGGGAGGAGGUGAGGCCCGGGCCGGCUGCGGCCAGGCCUCGGGGAGAGAGCUGCAGUGCCCCCCGACGGCUGGGUUCAGCGACGGGGACCGAGAGCCCGCUCCAAGGGGGCGCGGCCGCGCGCAGAGGGGUGCGGAGGCAGGAGGGCGGCCUUUGCCACCGCUGCCCCCAGAGCGGCUGCAGCCAAGAUCUCCGCCUCCGGAGGGCGAGGACUGGGAAGGCGACUCCGCCCUGGACAUGGCAGGGGACCAGGCGCUGGGCUCGGGGUCCCUUCACCACCAGCGCGUCCUCAUCAACAUCUCCGGGCUGCGCUUCGAGACGCAGCUGGGCACCCUGGCGCAGUUCCCCAACACCCUGCUGGGGGACCCUGCCAAGCGCCUGCGCUACUUCGACCCGCUCAGGAACGAGUACUUCUUUGACCGCAACCGGCCCAGCUUCGACGGCAUCCUCUACUACUACCAGUCGGGGGGCCGGCUGCGGAGGCCGGUCAACGUCUCGCUGGACGUGUUCGCCGAUGAGAUCCGCUUCUACCAGCUGGGCGACGAAGCCAUGGAGCGCUUCCGGGAAGACGAGGGCUUCCUGAAGGAAGAGGAGAAGCCCCUACCCCGCAAUGAAUUCCAGCGCCAGGUGUGGCUGAUCUUCGAGUACCCCGAGAGCUCGGGCUCGGCGCGUGCCAUCGCCAUCGUCUCCGUACUGGUCAUUCUCAUUUCCAUCAUCACCUUCUGCUUGGAGACCUUGCCCGAAUUCAAGGACGAACGAGAGCUGCUCCGCCACGCCCAGGUGCCCCACCAAUCUCCAGCUCCGGCUCCAGGGGCCAAUGGCAGUGGGGCCAUGGCGCCUCCCGCUGGCCCCACGGUGGCACCUCUUCUGCCUUGGACCCUGGCGGACCCCUUCUUCAUUGUAGAGACCACGUGUGUCAUCUGGUUCACCUUUGAGCUGCUGGUGCGCUUCUUCGCCUGCCCCAGCAAGGCAGAGUUCUCCCGGAACAUCAUGAACAUCAUCGACGUGGUGGCCAUCUUCCCCUACUUCAUCACCCUGGGCACCGAGCUGGCCGAGCAACAGCCAGGGGGCGGAGGAGGCGGUGGCCAGAAUGGGCAGCAGGCCAUGUCCCUGGCCAUCCUCCGAGUCAUCCGCCUGGUUCGGGUCUUCCGCAUCUUCAAGCUCUCCCGCCACUCCAAGGGGCUGCAGAUCCUGGGCAAGACCUUGCAGGCCUCCAUGCGGGAGCUGGGGCUGCUCAUCUUCUUCCUCUUCAUCGGAGUCAUCCUCUUCUCCAGCGCGGUCUACUUCGCGGAGACGGACAACCAAGACACGCACUUCUCCAGCAUCCCGGACGCCUUCUGGUGGGCAGUGGUCACCAUGACUACCGUGGGCUACGGGGACAUGAGACCUGUCACCGUGGGGGGCAAGAUCGUAGGCUCCCUCUGUGCCAUUGCUGGGGUCCUUACCAUCGCCCUGCCCGUGCCUGUCAUUGUGUCCAACUUCAACUACUUCUACCACCGCGAGACGGAGCACGAGGAGCAGGUGGCCCUUAAGGAGGAGCAGGGCGGCCAGAGCCAGGGGGCUGGGCUUGAUGGUGGAGGUCCUCGCAAGGCCAGCUGGAGCAAGGCUUCCUCUGGCAAAGCAGGAGCGUCCCUGGAGAAUGCAGAGGGAGCCCGAAGGGGCAGCUGCCCCCUGGAGAAGUACAACCUCAAGGCGAAGAGCAACGUGGACUUAAGGAGGUCACUGUAUGCUCUCUGCCUGGACACCAGCCGGGAGACUGACCUGUGAACAGAGUUCUGGGUGGACAGGCCAGCGAGUGGGGCCAGGGACAGGGGAGCUCUUCCGAACCCCGGCUAGCUGCUUUAUACCGUGGAGUAUUCCAAGCCUACCCCGCGCUCCGAGAGUUUGUACCCUCUUUCCCAUCCUUCCCUCCCUCCUGUCAUCUACCCUCCCCCCCAUUUCCCCUCUACUUUCCAUGACACCAAGGGUCGCCUAUUUUUAAAAAGUAUCACAUUCCAUGACGCAGGAGCUGUUGAAAUGGUGAGCGCUGGGAGAUGGAUGUCUUUGUAACCACUUUCCUAUACCCAGCUGCAGGGAAACCCAAACAAAAAAUGCCUUUAAAUAACCCAGAUCCCAAGGGAUCUUGUCCCCCUCCCCCUCCCCAUCGAUGUGUUCCCAGUUUGCUUUACACAUGAUUAUAUUUGUGUAGAGGGGAGGAGAUCUUAUUUUUAUGACCGACGAGUGGAUUUUUGUGCUGCAUUUCAGCUGGAGAUACAUUGGCUCUAUU